CCGACUCACUCAUGCGUGAGAAAACGAAAGUGUACGUAGAGAAGUAGAAAAUACAGGUUAAAAAGGAAAUUGAUAAACAAAGGAAGACUUCAACGAAAGUCGAGCGAGCGAGAGAGAGAAACAUACAGUUAGAAAGAAGAAGAGAAGAUGUCCGGCGUUACGAGUCAGCCACCGUCGGGCGUCACGGGUCAGCCGGCGGCGGAGGAAGAUCAGAAGCCCACCGGCGACCAAUCCGCUCACAUCAAUCUCAAGGUCAAGGGUCAGGAUGGCAAUGAAGUUUUCUUUAGAAUCAAGAGAAGCACUCAACUGAAGAAACUUAUGAAUGCUUACUGUGAUCGACAGUCUGUGGAGUUCAAUUCAAUCGCCUUCUUGUUUGAUGGAAGACGUCUCCGGGGGGAGCAGACUCCCGAUGAGCUAGAGAUGGAGGAUGGUGAUGAGAUUGAUGCGAUGUUGCACCAAACUGGUGGCUCAGCUGUUUGAGCAAUGCGUCAUUGUCUAUAAGAAGUUUUAGUACUUUAAUUGAGUUUGAAUAGUAUUUUGCUUGAUGUUUGAUGAAUCGGCUUUUAUGAAAAAAUAUGAUCGUCUGGAGACAUGUUAAGGAAGUUUGUCUUGUUUUGUAAAUUUGGUCCUCAACAGCUACUUCUUACCUUUGAUGAGAAGAGGGGGAUAAACUUUGUUGGUGUUUUGUCUUUCUAUGUUCUGAAUUUCUCUUUUUGGGGGAAUCAACUUUGAUCUUAUUUUUGUCA